UUUAGCCGUCUGACAGUGCCAGUACGUUUCAUUCUGCAGCACUCGAGCUCUCAGGGAGCGCGCCUCUGUAACGAAGCACGGCACAAGGGAAAAAAUAACCUAAACGAGUCUGUUUAUAGCCUAACCUUUGAUAAACCGGUGAGCAAACAGUGGUAACGAAUUUUAUGACUAUGGAAGUGUCCCAUUACUGAGGAAAUCGUUUCAAAUAAGACAGUAUUUUGGUCUGUGUGUUCAUUUGACAAGUGACUGUGCCGAUCGUGCCUCCCGAUUGUGCCUCCCGGGAGGUCGGCUCUGUCCCAGGUGCUGAAAGCGCUGGUGUUGCUUUUCUGUAGCAACCAACGACCAAGUUUAGGCUACACCGCCAACCCCGAUUUCUUAUGAGAACAGGAAACGCCGAGUGGUGGAGGAAAGGAGCCUAGUGCGGUGAAUGUUAAGCAACUCUCCGCCACCGACCGAGGUGUGGGUCCCGUUAAUGUGAAUAAAUGGGAUAUUCGGUUGGCCGGGCAGGAUGUAAAAAAUCGUUUGAAGGAUGGGGAAACAAGGCUUCUCUGCGGUGGCACUGCCACUGCUCGUUCUGGGCUGGUUCACGGUAUCCGUUACCGCCGGUGACUCAGCCCUGUCGGCUCCUGUCAAUGUGACGAUCAGAGAGCUGGAGGCAAACACAGCCAUAGUCACAUGGGAGAUACUAGAGGGAGAUCCCGUCAUCGGAUUCGCUAUCACACAACAGAAGAAGGAUGUGCGCAUGCUGCGGUACAUCCAGGAAGUGAACACGACCACGCGCUCCUGUGCAUUGUGGGACUUGGAGGAGGACACGGAGUACAUUGUCCAUGUCCAGAGCAUCAGCAUGGGAGGCAGUAGUCCUCCUAGUGACCCGGUCAGCUUCAGAACUCCCAGAGAGUCUGAGAAACUGGCCUCCACAGGCCCAGACGAGGUGAACAGAGAGGAGAUGGAACAGGCAGUUCAGCUCAGAGUUGGAGAGCUCAUCAUCAUCGUAGUGGUGCUCGUCAUGUGGGCAGGUGUGAUCCUCCUGUUCUGUCGUCAGUAUGACAUCAUAAAAGACAACGAGCCCAACAACAACAAGGACAAAGCCAAGACCUCUUCAGAGUGCAGUACGCCAGAACACCCACAGGGGGGGCUGCUGCGCAGCAACGUCUGAAACCAGCCCCCACUGGCCACUCACCUAUAUGGCAAUAACCUCUAAUCCUAUUCCUCAGGACAGGUGAGGCUACACAGCCAACCAGAACCGUCAUACCUAGGGCUGCAUCCUGAUUCUUCAUACUUCUCCUGAAGUGUGCGUGUCCUUGUAUCUGCAACAUGACGAUCACCACUACGAUGAUGAUGAGCUCUCCAGCUCCGAGCUAAGACCCCUGACACCAUCUCCUCCACAAAUCAGAAACCUCAGACUACAGCACAGCCCCGCACCAGGAACCCAGCCUAGCCAAUCCCAGCAGCACAGCCCAGCACCAGGAACCCAGCCCAGCCAAUCCCAGCAGCACAGCCCCGCACCAGGAACCCAGCCCAGCCAAUCCCAGAAGCCCAGCAGCACAGCCCACGAUGGACCACAACCACCUACCACCCAGAGUGGGGAGACUGAAGAGGUGUAGGGUGAAUCUGCCCCGAGACGCUGAUCUUGGGUCAGCGUCUAGGGUUGUGCCUUUCAGAUUAUAAUGCAUAAAGUUAAAUGGACACGGGAGAACCUGAUCAUAGAUCAGCACUCCCACCCUGAGAUGCUUUAUGAAUAGAGAGGAAUUACAUUUACAUUUAACAUUUUGGUCAUUUAGCAGACGCUCUUAUCCAGAGUGACUUGUAUAAAGUAGUGAAUGCAUACAUUUCAUACAUUUUUUUUCCCCGUACUGGUCCCCCGUGGGAAUUGACAGGUGUGAGCAAUAUGGUGGAAAGUUCCAGCUAGACUAUCAGAGGGCCAGGUAAAGUUAUUAUCAUAUUGCUUCAACCUAUCAAAAAUAAUUUCAGAUCGUAACAGAUGUCUAGAGGGAAGAGGCUCGUGAUUGUUUCUGGACAAGGAGCAUCUCUGUCUCUUUCUAUCUCCCUCCCUCCCUCUGUCUCCCCCAUCUCUCUCUCUCCCUCCCUCCCUCCCUAGAUCACUAUCUCUACUCUCUAUCUCUGAACACAUAGCUGUACAGUGUAGAAUACUAUAAUAAACAUUAUGAUAAUCAUCAUUAAGUCAUUAUUAAGAAUAUGACGAUGUUUUAGAGCCCCUCCUAAACCCUAGCCUCUGACUCAUAAGGAAAAUGACUUCCCCUCCUUCUGUCUCUCUUCCUGGGCUGAAACCGUGUUGACCUUGUUAGUUUAUGUCCUCCUACAGUAUCCAUUCUGAAGGAUCAAAUCUGACACAGUUUUUAUUACAGCAUAUAUCAGGGUCAGAGAGAAGACCGGCUGGAGAAGAUGGCCCCCUGUUCCCUACACCCUGUUCCCUACACCCAUAUCCUCUACACCCAUAUCCCCUACACCCAUAUCCUCUACACCCAUAUCCUCUACACCCAUAUCCCCUACACCCAUAUCCCCUACACCCAUAUCCCCUACACCCAUAUCCCCUACACCCAUAUCCCCUACACCCAUAUCCCCUACACCCAUAUCCUCUACACCCAUAUCCUCUACACCCAUAUCCUCUACACCCAUAUCCUCUACACCCAUAUCCCCUACACCCAUAUCCCCUACACCCAUAUCCCCUACACCCAUAUCCCCUACACCCUAUUCCCUACACCCUAUUCCCUACACCCAUAUCCCCUACACCCAUAUCCUCUACACCCUAUUCCCUACACCCAUAUCCUCUACACCCUACUCCCUACCCCAUAUUCCCUACACCCAUAUCCCCU